AUGGCGACCGCAACGAAGAUUCACUUGUCGCCUGUGACGGACGCGGGCAUCUAUAGCUCGGGAGUGAGGGAGGACGCGGCGCGCACGGCCAGCGAGAUUCUGCAGGAUGAUAUGACCAGCCAUCAUGUGUUCUUCAAUGACGAAGGCUUCCAUAAUCACAUUGUGCACCAUAUCCUGAGCAUCUACGCUCUCGGCGCAUCGCCUGAGAACAUCCAGUCUGCGUAUAAGAGGAACAAGAGCUAUCAGAGGCCUGUCCUGCCCACCGACUCGAGUAUUAUUCAGGGGAUGGCCGAUUCGGCCAAGUUCCAGGAAUAUCUGGGUAACGAAAAGCAUUACCCUAAUUAUCUAUCGUUCUUCCAGCGCGAGCUCGAUGUCAAGGGCGUCGCGACCGUGCUGAAUGAAUAUGUCUUUGCAGAGGACAAGAGGGCAGAGAGUAUGCUAUGCCGGCUCUUUGGUGGACUCCUCCACCCGCUCAUCCAUCUGGGCUUCGGCCUCGAGUUUAACCAGCCUGCCAUCGUGGCGCAGGCGCUGGCACAGGCCGCAGUCCAUGAUGACUGGUUGGGCCGCACCUUCUUCUUGCCUGCGGAGCAGAUGGCCGGUGGAAUUGGAAAGCCAGGGCCGAAGUCGAUUCUACAACUACUAAGUGAUAUUCGACAGGACAAGACCCUAGUCCAGUCGGCGCAGUGGCGAGACGUGAAUAAGAUCCGAGACGGGGUUCUGCAUCGUGCUCCGCAGGAGAUGCUGGGAUACGCGGCCCAAUACACAGUCUCUGUCGACCACGUACAGGAGCGGUUGGCGGAUAUGAUCAAUGCCGUUGUGUAUUAUACCAGCACCUCCCAGCGGCCUACGAAAGCCGUUAUCCUGGACUUUUUCUUCAUCCACUGCGUGAAUUCAUCUAUCUUUUUCUCAAAGAUUGUACAGCUCCAGUUCUUGAAUCAGCGGACAAAGCUGCGCCUAAUGGAAUGGAAGGGCCGCAUGGAUCUGUUGAUGUACGUGUCGCGCGGCUCGCCCGAACUUCUGCAAGACGAAGUCGCCCGCUACCCGGCACAAAAGGACUGGCCAACCCUCUUUUCCCGAAGUGUGGCAUACUCUGCCGACGACGGGCACUUAGUCAAGUUUGUCCGCGCCGUGGCUCAUGGGCAGCAGGUGUGCCGAUCUUACGAGAGCCAGGGAUCCCAAGUCAUGCCGGUGUCUGGGGAUAUGUGGCUUCGCAUUGGAAACAUGGCUAUCGACUCCACUGUUGAGGAUGAGAAUCGGUCUAUGUGGAUCCGCUCCACAGGUUUUGAUGAGGCAUGGGAACAUGUCGCUGGGCGCGCACGGCUGUGA